AUGACCGAUUCCGAUCAUAAGGUCGAACUCGCCCAAUUCAAAAUCUAUCAGGAAUUUGCACCACGGUUCUACAUCGCUUUUAAGGACAAGGAUGAACUGUACCGAUUAUUUAGGAAGAAAAUCGACGAACUCGGUAUUGCUCCCAACAAUAUCUAUUUCACUGAUCCUUGUGGAAGAAUAGUGGAGAUCGAUGACGCCGACUCGUUGUUGAAAAUAGUGAGGGACGAGCGAAUGGCGAACAGCCAUACAGUGAGAAUUUCUGUCUGUGACGAUGACGACACGGGACACUCGUCACUGGGUCGUGAGAAACGAGCUCAUAGACACAUGAGGCGAGCUCGGCAAAAGAGGACUAGCAAUUGUGUAUUCUGCGGAGGACAAGACCACUAUAAUCCAGGAGAACACUUUUCUGCUGGAUCCCAUUUCCUACGGGAACACGUUUCUAGACCAUACCAAGAACUACCGUUCUUCCGCAACCACAACUGUAUUCAUCCAUCUCAAUUUGGCCCUUUCCACAUGGAUCAUCAAUUCGGACGAUAUCCGUUCCCUUUGUUGGGAGCUUGUCAUGGACGAUAUUGA